ACAAGCAGCACACCACAGCACAUCGCCGCCACACAAUGGCCACGCGUGCGCAAACACAGUACAACCCCCAGCCCGCCUUUGAACCAGAGUCCUUCGCCUCGUCCCCGCAGCGCCAGACCCGCGGUGGCAACGGCGCCAACCGACGUUACCGUCGCCCUCGCUCGCCCCUCCUCGACCACCAGGGCGAAGUCCAUUUCUACAGCGGCAGCGACGAGCCGCCGUCGCCCUCAAGAGCGAGUCCCAAGCGCGGAUCCGCGCCGCAACGCAGCAGCGGCCGCCCCUCGUCCAUGGCCGCUGUCGACGCUAUGCAAGCCCGUGCCAAACACGCCAGUCUCCCCUCGUCCUCUGGCCCCCAAGCCCAGGGACGGCCCCCCUCCUACCCCGGCGACGAAGCCAUGGACGACCGCGGCGCCCCGAUGCGAGGUCCCCCAGCCGAUGCCCGCCGUCGCGCCGAGCGUCAAGCCCGUCGCACGUCUGUUUCUGGUGGUGCUGCCCCCGCCCCCACGGGCUACGGUGCCCCUCCUCCUGGACCCGGCCAGCAGAUCCCCAACGGAUCCCCGCGCGGGCCCUCCCACAGCGGCUCCCCCCGCACAAACGCCCCCAACGGCCGCCGCAGCCCACCUCUGCCGUCGCAGCAGCAGCAGCAGCACCUUUCGGCCCCCACCCUGCAGCAGGCCUCGGAAAUCUCCCGCCUCAGCAGCCCCAGCAUCAACCAGAGCGUCCUGCAGCCCCUCGAGAAGAAGAUGAAGGAGUACCGCGCCCUCAUGGCCGAUGCCGAAGCCGACAUGGCCCAGCUCGACGAAGAGCUGCGCAUCCUCACCGAGCGCCGCCGUCAGGCCGAGGACCGCUUCGUCGAUGCCCGCGGCCGGCACGACGACUAUGAGCGCCAGCACGCUGACGUCGAAAGGGCAUUGCGCGGUGAUUUCUCGGCGCCAGCGCCGGGGCAGCUCGCGUCCCAACAGACGCUGCAGAGGGGCGAGCCGCAGCAGGUGACCAUCCAGCCGGGCCCGCAGGGGCGUCCGUUGGGGCCGUCGCAGCAGCAGUCAUGGACCAUGGCAAGGGCGCCGAGCAUGGACAGCUUCGAUGACCGGCCCGGCACGGGGCAGAGCUUGGCGAGUCGGCAGCCGAAGAAGAGGGGGAACCGGUUUGGGAUCAAGCUGUGGUAG